CAGUCCAACUACUCGAGUCGGAGAGAAGAGCAGAGCCUCAAUAAGGGGGACGAGAGUACCACGAGAAGGACCGUGUCGAUAAAUUGGCUCAGACAUUCGCUGAACUAUACUACUACCGUUUCCAAAUUAACGUUUUUAUUGUGUCUGUAUAUAUAUAUACACACACACAUAUAUAUUCUUUUCCCCCUCGCAACGGUUGAUUUGCUCUUUGGAAGUUAAGAUGAGGAAUCUGUGCGUGUUGUUCCUCGUCGGCCUGGCGACUGGAUUCAUCAGUGAAAAGCUAUUGGUUGCCUCCCAGUCGCCCACAUUUGACUUGUACAUAGAAGGCCGUUCGUCAGGUGACCUCCCUAUAGAUGAUGAAGAUGCUGGAGACGAUGGGUCGGGCUCCGGUUCUGGAGACUACCCUUUCAACUUCCCAGUCGAGAAAGACGAGGUAUCCAGGAGUUUCGUCAACCUCACUGAAACCUCACUCCCCGACGAAACGCUUCCACUGCAGCCACAGCCAACAGCAGGCGCUCCUCACAACCCGACGACCACAGCAGCAGACAGCCAGGAUUCAGUAACCACAGCGAGGGACAGCGAGACAACACCCUCCAUUUUCCCUGAUGAAAGUGACAGGCCUGAGAAGAUGCCAGGUGGUGAAGAGGAGGAGUCCAUGGACCCCACUUCCAGCUCCUCAGACAUGACCACUUCUGCAACGUCUCAAGCAGACAUCGGCAUGGAAACCGACAAUUACGACCUUCGGCAUAGUCCUGAGGUUCCAGUAUCCAAAAAAGAUCGUCAUGAUCAAGGCACAAGCUUUGAUGACGUAGGCUCAUCUGGAAAAGUGACCUCUGAUAACUUGUGGGAGAGGACGGAUGUGCUGGCAGCUGUGAUAGCAUGUGGAGUGGUUGGUUUGCUCUGCGCCAUUUUCCUCCUCACCCUCCUCGCCUACCGCAUGAAGAAGAAGGACGAGGGCAGCUACGACCUGGGAGACAACAAACUUUCAACAACAGCCUAUCACAAAGCACCUACCAAGGAGUUCUACGCCUGAACUCACCAACGGGGACAAUCAAGAGUGGAAUCUGUCUCCUGCCAAUCAGGACUGAAAACGGAUCUACAAACAGCUGAAGAUGGUUCCUCUCGAUGAAGUUUGAAGGCAAACUGCGCUGCUCUCUUCCAGCGCUCGAUGUCAUUUUUUUUUUUUGUCCUGCUUCAUCCUCUGCCAUCCUUUUAUCUUUUUUCUCUACAUGUUGUUCAGUGUUUGCAAAGAAUGGGUUAUAAGAGAACAAAAUAACGCUAUUGUGAUGCCUUCUUGUCAUUCCAUGCCGGGGAGGGAGUUAGAUUUAAAUACACAUCCUAAAUUUUAAGAGAGGAAUCUUUUCUUUGGGAAGCAGCGGAUCACAGCCGUUCUUAGUGUUGGGAGAAUUGAAAACACUGUGCCUUUAGAUCCAGCUUUUAUCUCUAGGCUGAGCCGCACCGGGCUGCGCUUGGUUCUGUUGUUUCAGAAAAUCGGUUUGUUCCCUUCAAUGGAUAAACAGCAGAAGAAGAUGAGAGACUGCGUGAACACAUUUUAAUAUGAAACGGUACCACAUAUAAGAUUAGUAUUAAAAACAGCCUUCAGAAUUUGAUACCCCUUGUUUCUUCAUUUGAGGUCAGGAUCGCUCUGCUUGUUGACUGUGCGUGUUACAUUUCUUUAUGCUUUCUUUGCUGAAAUGAAUAUGUUUUUUUGUUAUGAGAGUGAAUAUGUCUUUGCAUUUGCUGCCCAGUAUUGUUAUGGGAGACUUUUGUUACUCUGCAAAUGUUUGUCGUUUCCUCACAGAUAUUUGACACUUGUGGAACUGACCAAAUAUACAUGUGCUUUAUUCGUCUCCUGGAAAAUUACUUUUCAGCAGCUUUUUAAGGUGUUGUUGUGUUAGAGAUUAUAUUGCUAUAAGCCAUUUGUUUUUUUUUUGUUUUUUUUUUAAAGAAAACACAGUAUUGUGUUUUUAUUGUAUUCGUUCAGUGGUCGCCUCGAAAUGGGUCGCUCAUGCUCCUUCUGAAUAUUAGUAAUAUUGUCAAGAUGAUUUCAUUUGGCGAGUGCGUGCCGCAAGCAUCUGGACAGGUAGAGCCAAAGCUAAACACUAUAAUUCAGAAGCCGUAGAAGUGACCAAUGUUUUCUGACAACAGCCAAAGCACAUUCCUUUCUGACUGUCUUCUGCAAACAGCUAUAAUGGUGGGUUUGAAGUUAAAGGGACACUGGCAGCAUCCAUAGUGUUCCUUACCAUUUAUAGAAUCAGAGUUUAUCACACAGUAGCUUUAGAGAGUUAACACGUAAUAAGUUAUUUUCCUUUAACUCUCAGCUGCCAUGAGAACGUUCUUUCAAAUUGCCUAAUAAGUGUGUAAGUUUGUCAGCUUUUCCUAAUUUUCUGUCUCAACCAGCCAACCUAAGGAGCAUGGCAUCUCUAAGAAAAAUCAUUUGGAUACAACGGACAAUUAAAAACAAAACAAAAACAACAUUGUGAUGUUUCCUGUUUAAUAACUGAUACGUAUGUUAAAUCCAAAUGUUAAACCAGGUAUGUGCUGCUUAUUGUGUAUCAAAGAUGGUUUCUUACCUCUUGAUGUUUUUGACGAGGUGAAAUUAGUGUUUCUUUAAACCAGCCUUUAUGUCUGAGAUCAGAGGCUGACGCACACAGGUUGGGCUAAGUUGGUAACUGCCCUCUCAUAUUCACAAAUUCUCACCAAAACGUUAUUUUAAUCCUGAUUUUUCUGAAGUUUAAUUUCUCAUAAUGAAUGCCAAACUGGUUAAUGCAUUUGUUUAGAGCUCUGUAAUGGCUAAUUGUUAUAUUUGAACCAAAGGUAACUGCCCCGCUCUUUUGCAUAUUUGUUUGUCUUUGUUCAUAGUUUGAUCCCCUUGAUGUAAGUUAAGUCUACUUAAUAUUUUUCCCUGUGAUAGAAAUGACUAGCAGUUCUAGAUUAUUUUAAUGCAAAUGCAAACUACCUGUUCACUGUGACUGGAAUAAAUGGGAAGAUCUGGUCACUAACCCACUGUGACUUAUUAAUAGGAUAUUUGUCAAGCACUUAAAUUUUUGGUGCCUCACGGGAUAUUUUAUACAUUAUUUUGCAGUGCUGUUACAGUGUUAGUAUCAUGCUUUGACUUUCAGUCUGUACAGGAUCACAGCCUCCUUCUGCUGCUGUGGUCUGACAUAAACCAGACCCACAGAGGGUUAAGACAACGGGUUAGCAUUCGCUGACAAUCCAGCAGGUGAUAAGAUACAGUAACCUUUCUCUCUAACAACAGGUGCUUCUAGGCUUAAGUUUAUACCCUAUGUUGAAGAUACUAUAUUUUAUAAGUGAUAAUUUAUAUUUACUUAAACUAUAAUCCAGGUUAAUGUGUCAGUGGUAAUUGGGAUUGUGUGAUUGUACAGUCAUGAUUUAAGCCUUUGUGUUUCGCUGAGGUGAUGUUUCAUUGUAUUUGACAUUUGAUGACCUGGUUCCAUUCAUUUUGAGUUUCACUCUUAGUAAUAGCUUUUCAAGUGCAUUUGUUUUUUUUUGUUUGUUUUUUUUGUUUUAACACAUGAAUUCAUUUAAUAAAUGAUUAAAGUUUCUUGUAGAUACAGCUUUGUUUUCAUCCAGGUUGAAUGUAAAUUUACAGACGCUUUAACAUUUACAUACUGAGGACCAAGUACUCAUUAAGUCACAGAGAAGAUGUGUAUGGAGAUGACCAACAGAGAACCGUGUUGCUGAUAUAGUGUAUCUUAAGAGGUUCACUACUGAAUAAAAGAUGCUUUAAUGCAGUGCGGCAA